AUGCAGAUAGGCGGCAUGCAGUCUCAUUAUUGGAAGAAAGGAGCCCCUGCUAGAUCGAUCAAGGCCUUGAAUUCUUCAGUCGCUGCUGUACUACCCAAAUCGACUGAAUUCAUAAGCAUCUCUCUUGCUAAAUUUACAAGGAUCUUGUUGAGCUACGACAAGGUUUCGAAAUCGUAUCCUUCAAAACCCACCCCGGAAGAGCUGCAAAAUCUCCCAACUCUCAAUCAGCAGGACAUCAUCUCUGAUGAGCGUGUUUUUUCCACUACCGUGGUUGAGGCUGGCUCAACAAGCGACAAACGUGCUAUUUUGUAUUUCUCAGCCGACUUGAAUAAUUAUAACAUCGGCCGGGCCACCUUUGAUUGGAGUGCAUCCGAUAACAGUCAGUGGAACAGGACGAUGGCGGUCUUUGUGACAAAACAUUGGCUACAUGCGAAGAAACAGGGAUGGUUUGAUCACAAGCCUCUUGAUCAGUCGCACUGUACACAAGGCAACUGUAUUGGUCUAGUACUCCGCUGGAUUCGAGGACGAAGCGAAGAAAUAAGGACAGCUCGUCGCUCUCCUGACAAGGUCUUACUCAAGGAGCAGGCUCGAAAGAAGAGAAUGCUGUUUGAAUAUUGGCAACAGUCGCUGUCUCUUGUAAUAGAAGCAGAAGCCUCUGAUAUGAUGCCUGACCCGGACUGCUGCUCAGAUACAGAAUGGGAGCCUGAUCAAACUCAUUACAAUUGGAUCGAUGUGAUAUGGAGAAGUCAACAGUACUCUCAAAUUCUUCAUAAACUUGAUGAACUUUCGUACAAAGUGAAGGCUUCGGUUUCAAGUCCCCUCCUUGCACGUCGAAGGUUUGACCAAUGUCGACUGGAAGCAUCAAAAGUGAAUCAAAAAGCACCGGUGUGCUGCGGCCUUCCGGAAAAUUGUUAUGAACAAGUGUUCCUUGCAAAUCUCACUGAGGAAGCAAGGACUGCUUUGAGAAUGAAGCCCGCUUCAAACCUUUUAAAUACUUUACCCUCUCAGAUUGUCAAUAAACUUCCGUAA